GUCACUAGUAGUUGGUCGCUAGGAUCUCCAAUGUUGUUGGUUUCCUUGAUGUACGCUUGCUAAUAACUCAAUAUUCUCGGCAGAGUGAUAGUUUCCUUGAUCCCGUCGCCGUAAUAUAUAAAGGGACUUUGUCGAAACUCCUGUUCCUAUUAUUCAUUUUUCUCUUCUCUCUUUUGGUCUGUCCGUCACUGGCGGGCUCUUCUUUACAGGGUAUCCAUCUCCACCACACUCCUUUUAUUACACUCACCACGCAACAUGGCGAGUCUCACCGUCAACCCAGUCUCCGAGGGCGAAAUGCGACGAGGAUACAAGAGCAGGGCGACACACUUACAUCUCCCUCUCAGUCCCGUUGGGGGUUUCGACGCAGAGUUCGAGGAUGACUUCAAAGACGUCGACUUUGAUUUUCCUAUGUCCUGCUCCGAGAGUGCUGGUUGUUGGCCAACUGACGAGCAUUGGGAAAGCGGUUCUGAACCGUUCACCUCAGACCUCAAGUCCGUCUUUGAAGAUUGGGAAGACUUCGAUGGAGGGCUGGAAGUGACCAUCGACGAGGACGGGGCUCAGGUCAUCCAUAUCCCCUCUGACAGUCGCUUCUACCAACCACCGACCCCACCGCGCCCAUUCCACUACCAGCCUUACUCAGAAACCCAGAAAGCAAGCACCAACCAGCCCCUCUCUCGUUUCCCAGAUACGCGGUUCUCCGACACUCCCACAAGAGAGGUUCGAAUCUCUUCCAAGCGAAGCAGGGUUGCCAACCACCAACGACAACUGUCCAUUCCAGCGCCCACGAAGCAAGGCGGGCUCGUAGACUCCCAGGGCACCUUCCUCCUGUUGGACACGUCGUUCAUCACGAAUAUGACAAGUACGGUUAAUCUGUCAACCUUGACGACUUCGUGGUGUUCGCCGCAGAGUACUCAGCAGGAGAAGAAGACCCUCCCUUGGAUACACGGCAUCGAGCGAGAGGCCGAUGUUCCCUGUUCUGCUAUCGCUCUUUCGCCUACGGAAUUGCUGGGAGAGAUGAAUUUCACUAUGAUACAGGCCUAGGUUCCUCCGGUCCCAUACACAUGAGUCGAACGAACCUACUUUCCACGCUCGCGUCUCCCCCACGAAACCACCGACCAUAUCUUCGGAGAAAUUUCAAGAUCGUUAUGCGCAACCCCUCCCACUCCUUCGAUACCCUCAAGACUUGCCCACUAUGCCGAGCCAACUUCACACACUCUUUUCCUCGAAUUCGUUCCCGUUGUUGUACUACUACCAGCUCCAGUUUCGCCGAAUUUUGUUGUACAGAUUAGGCUUUCUUCCAGUUGUUGACCAACACACACUGUACUUUGAAAUAAACAUCCAGAACAGAGUUCUUUUGGGCCCCUUCA